UGCCGCCCGCAGGACAGGAGGAUGAACCGUCACGUGGAUUUUGAUCUAGUAACACGUAAGCACUAAAUACAGACUGAGACAUAACUGCUAGGGUUGAACAUGGGGACAGAUUUAGCCUACAACUUUGUCUUCAAAGUGGUUUUAAUUGGGGAAUCAGGGGUUGGAAAGAGCAACCUACUGUCAAGAUUUACCAAAAACGAGUUCAAUCAUGACAGCCGUACAACCAUUGGGGUGGAAUUCAGCACUCGCUCCAUUCAAGUGGAUAGCAUUACCAUCAAGGCCCAGAUCUGGGACACUGCAGGUCUAGAGCGCUACAGGGCGAUUACCUCAGCGUAUUACAGGGGAGCCGUGGGUGCGCUGCUGGUUUAUGACAUCACCAAACACCUGACGUAUGAGAACGUCGAGCGAUGGCUGAAGGAACUGUAUGACCACGCUGAUCCUCAUAUAGUAGUCAUGCUUGUGGGAAAUAAAAGUGACCUGGGAAAUGUACGCACUGUGCCAACAGAGGAGGCUAAGGUCUUUGCAGAGUCCAAAGGUUUGCUUUUUAUGGAGACCUCCGCAUUAGAGUCAACUAAUGUUGAAUCUGCCUUUCUUGAAGUUCUAACAGAAAUACACAAGAAGGUUGCUAGUAAAGAGGUCACCAGAGGUUCGAUCAGCGCAGUGACUCUGGGUCAAGCUCUGGGCCCCUCCAGAGAGUUUAAUGAGGAGAGACGGUCCUGCUGUAAAAGCUCCUGAACAGAUGAAUAAACAUCCAGACAAAGGCAUCAAGAGCAAAACAAAGACAUUUACCUGUGACAUGGAUCCCAUCGUACCUGCACGGAGGCAUUUCUUCAUGCUUGACCCUCACUGGAAGUCUUAUCAGUGAGCAAAAUAAAGAGGGGACCAGCGUUUUUUA